AUGGUUUCCACCAGACAUCACCCACGACCGUUUCCAGAGCCCACUACACCCACCCCCAAUCGCGCGACCAACGGCACUGCAUUGCCCAACUCGUCCUUGACCAAGACGAAUGGCACGACUGAUCCUCGAAAGGGGCUGGCGGACAAGACAUCUUCAGUGGUUGAGGGAACAGGGUUCAUCCACACCAUAACACCUCUGACGAUGAUCUGGCUGUCGGUAUCGGUACCUCUGGUGAUAUGGGACACCUUUUAUAUCUUCCUGCGGCCUCACACGAUGCCGGGUGGUCGCUUGCAUUAUCCUGUGUGGAAACCAUAUGCCCUGUACGGCACAGUUGAUUAUAUCUAUGGCUGGCCCGCGUGGAACAGCCACAAUGGCUUCACCGCCGCUCAAGGUGCCCUGAACGCCGUCGAAACGUCCAUGUAUAUCUAUUAUCUCGUCGUCAUCUUCCAGACGUCAGCCAAAGGUCUGUACACUUUUAGUGAUUUUCAUACCUUGGUACAUGGGAGUCGCCACACCCGCCUCAGAGCGCCUGGGGUGGCCAAGGCCGUUAUCAUCUUGUUUUCCGCCACCAUCAUGACCUUGAGUAAGACGGUUCUAUACUGGCUGAAUGAAUACUACUCUGGAUUUGCUAACAUAGGACACAACUCGGCCUGGAAUCUAGGCUGGCUGUGGAUUCUGCCCAACGGCCUCUGGCUCGUGUUUCCAACCGUGUUGAUCUACUUACUGGGUUGUGAGAUCAUCAAUGGACUUGACGGAUCACCGCAUGAGAAGCAGGAUUAAUGAUCAGGAUGGAGAUAUGGCUCGGCCGUGGUAGUGCUGGCCUGUUGAGGAUGAUUGAGCAGGGACUCUGACGUUUAGGUGUAACCUUGCCCGACAUGUUAGCGUCUCGACAUGGCGUUUGGCCUGGAGUGGUCAGGCAGGCGAGCGCGGAAGACCGGACCACAUGAAUAUAUUAUUAAUGCAUGAGAGUGCAUCUGCAUGCAAUGACCAUUUGACGCUGUUGCAUGACUUAGCCACAGGACGAAAAGUCAUUCAGAGGCCCUCGGCAGCUUGACAGGAAGUGGUGCAACGACGAGUGGCAUGUUUACCGUCGUCAAACACAGCUUUCAGUUUCCAAGACCGAGGAGUCGACGGGUGACGCUGGGCUCUGCUUUGUGCACAAACCAGAUUCCCUGCAAGGUUACAUAGCCUGCAAACAGGUCGUUUGAAUAAUUGCCGAUGGAAGAGGGGUACUACAGAGAACGACAAAACUUCAAGGGCCAUUCGAGCGUACUGGGGCACAUCAACAGCAGUCGAGGAUGUCAUGAAAAGCCGACAAAUGCCCUAAAGGGAGCGGCCGCCUGCGGAGUUCCGGGCAUCUGGUCUGAUGGUCGUUGGGUCCUGGGAGCUUGGUAGCUGAAGAGCCCCUCGGCCUGGUAGCCUGUGGCAAGCUAGUGUAACUUUGCCUUCCCUAA